UCCUUCCUUUUCCAGUUCUCUCGGUUAUUAACUACUUCAUCAUUCAUCUUCGGCGGCUCCCGUUCUCCUCCCCAAUUUAACCCCACCCUCCAAACGCCAAAUCCAAUUUCAAACCCUAACCCUAACCCUAACCAACAUGGACGCCUACUGCUCCGACUGCCGGAAAAGCACCGAGGUGGUCUUCGAUCACUCCGCCGGAGACACAGUCUGCUCGGAGUGCGGCCUCGUUCUCGAAUCGCAUUCAAUCGAUGAGACCUCCGAGUGGCGUACGUUCGCCAACGAGUCAGGGGAUAACGAUCCGGUCCGUGUUGGUGGUCCCACCAAUGUUUUGCUCAAUGAUGGUGGAUUAUCCACGGUUAUUUCCAAACCGAACGGUGUUACCAGUGAUUUUUUGUCUAGUUCGUUAGGACGCUGGCAGAAUCGCGGCUCCAAUCCGGAUCGGUCGUUGAUUAUGGCGUUUAAAACCAUUGCUACCAUGUCGGAUAGGUUGGGUCUUGUUGCAACUAUUAAGGAUCGUGCUAAUGAGAUAUUUAAGAAAGUCGAAGAUCAAAAAUCAAGUAGAGGGAGAAAUCAGGAUGCCAUACUGGCCGCUUGCCUCUACAUUGCUUGUCGUCAAGAAGACAAACCAAGAACCGUAAAGGAAAUCUGUUCGGUUGCCAAUGGAGCAACAAAGAAGGAAAUCGGGCGGGCAAAAGAAUACAUUGUCAAACAACUAGAGCUUGAAAUGGGCCAGUCAGUAGAGAUGGGUACUAUCCAUGCUGGUGAUUUUAUGAGGCGUUUUUGUUCCAAUCUUGGUAUGACUAAUCAGACGGUUAAAGCUGCUCAAGAAUCUGUUCAAAAGUCGGAAGAGUUUGAUAUAAGGAGAAGUCCAAUCUCUAUUGCUGCAGCUGUUAUUUACAUAGUAACUCAACUUUCUGAUGAUAAGAAACCCCUCAAAGAUGUGGCACUUGCAACUGGAGUUGCAGAAGGUACGAUCAGAAACUCGUACAAGGAUCUUUAUCCUCAUUUGGGGAAAAUAAUUCCGAGUUGGUAUGCUCAAGAAGAGGAUCUCAAGAACCUAUGCAGCCCUUGAACAUGUAUGCAAAAUAAAAGUAAAAAACAAGAAGACAAAAAAAAAAAGAAACUGUUUGUUUUUCAAAACUCGGGUUUAUGGCCUGUUUACGAGCUUUUUUUUUUGUUUCUCAUUGUUGCGACGGUUAUACAAGACAACAAAACAUGCCCAUUUUUCUUUUUCACAAAUGUAGUUCAUUGUUUUGGAUAUUUAAAAAAAAAUGUGUAAGUUGUACAUGUUAUUUGUUUUAUGAAAGAACAUACUUGUUCAGUAUGUAAUUUUGUUUA